ACUAUACUUCCAUCCAUAUCCACACCCGCUCCCAGUGGAUGCGGAGCCAUGGACCGCUUUUUUGAAUUACUCGUCUGCUAUGCUGGGUCGUGUCGCCCUGCGCUGAUCACUCCAUCUCCUCGUCCACCUGCCACCAGAGAUCGUCGCCUCUGCUUUGCUGCUUUGGUCGUCUUGUUUCGGCGCUUGACCAACAACAAUCUUACACAUUGCCUAACACUAUCCUUCUACCAACGGGUCCCACUCCCAGCAAAGGAGAAAUACAAAUACCCAUCAACCUCAUUACAGAAAUCCCAUCGCUGGUGCAUCUACCUGCGGCACCUGCCGUUUGCAAGUGCGCGGCACCAUGGAUAGUCUGGUCAUCAAAUAAUCAUCGUUAGGUAACCGCGCGUCAACCAUGCUUUUUGGAGCUGCCAGCUUUCCGUUUCAACGAAGAAAGCCUAACUCCAACAUCAUUCCUCACCAUUGGAGGGCCUGCGUAUCCCGCUUCCCCUACCUGCAACGCUCAUGUCGCAAUCUGCAACCCACCUUCCUCAAUCUGUUUCCUUUCGUCCUUCGAGUCCGACGAUCGAUGACGUUAAUCCCCCCGAGCCCGGUCCUCUGGGUGUUCUCUGCACACCGCGCACAGAGACCCUGCAUCGUUACUACUCCAGCUCAUUUCACCAAACCAAGAUCUUUUGCUUUGUUGGGCAGUCCGACCCCUUUUCUCAUGCUUCUUGGUCAAGAUAUCGCCGCAGGUUUGCCGACCUUCGGUCUCAGAGCCUUGCAAUCGGGCAGACCGCUCUUCUUCGACCUCCGUGAUGAUCGUCCCCCUCACACAUAACCACGCGGCCCUUCAAAAUCAAAUCAGCCAUUAGUUACCCACAACACGAAUGAUAAUCGUUCUUGCCCCAUGCUGCAAUAUUUUCCGUUGGAAUCGGCACUGGCACGUUUCACGGAUGUUCCAUCCCCGCACCCACACCGAGUCAGCACAGCCCAUGGGUUGCUGCCCAUCUUCAUUCGACAGUGGUGUCCUUUCGUCAUGAACACGCCAAUCACUAUCUUCCCUGUGACCGAUGAACUGCCUCACGCCUCUCGACGGCAGCCAACAACAAGUCGUUGAGCGUUCAUCUCUCGGAGACCACCGCUACAGUCAAGCCAGCCAUCUACGACCUUGAAUACCUUCUUUGCUAUCAACCUUGGGUUGCCGUUGCCCGUAUAUCUCGUAUUUUCAAUCCUAUGAGAGAUUCGGAAAAUACGAACCUCGUCUCGUGACCCCACGCAGCAACUAAGAAGCGGUUCUGCGCCUUUCUAUGAAUAGAAAUUUUGCUGUUAUAUAGAAUCCUCUUCAUUUCACAACGAAGACAGUGUGAAAGGGUGGUCAGCGUACUCUGAACUACGUACCCCAUUCGCGACGGGUCUGGUAUCCUACGGCCAAGCCCACUGCUAUCACACUUUCGACAACACAUGUAUUGUCGAAAGUGUGACACAGCAUAGGAAGCCAAAUGUACGAAAAAUCGCAAUGGUACGGUACCUACGCGUGCAUUCAUACACCCCUUCCCACUCAUCUCAACCCACCCCUUGGCAUUAUUCAACCCAAGAUAUGCAAGAUGUAUAUACCCGGGAACGUAAUAUAUCACGCCCUGCAGUAGUGUAGUAGUUUGAUCUAUAAAAAAAGUUUCCUCCACACACACACACCCAUAUAUAUCCACCAUUU